AUGUACAACACAAUAACCCGCGCCCAAAACACCUUUGGCUUCUUCACGACGGUAGCCUUCUUCGUCGCCGCCAUCAUCGCCCUCUCCGACCUCGUCACCCCGCGCGCCCCCUCCGUUGGCUCCCUCAAGACGACCAAUAAGGAGGAAUAUGCCAUAAUCAAAUUCUCUCUCGACGCCGACCUCUCGGACCUCUUCACCUGGAACACCAAGCAGGUCUUUGUCUAUGUCACGGCCGAAUGGCCCGACAACUCAAAGGCCGCCGCCGGCACGAACGCCACGAACCAGGCCGUCAUCUGGGAUCAGAUCAUUACGUCUCCCAGCGCCGACCACCUCGCCAACAUCGGCCCCGCCGCCAUGCGCAAGCUGAAGAAGAGCGCCGAGGGCAAGAGCAUCGACCCUAAUCGUGGCAAGCUCCGCAUCAAGAACCAGAAGCCCAAGUACCAGAUCACGCACCCCUCGAGCAAGAUCGCCGAGGCCGACAAGGUCGUUCUGAAGCUGCACUACAAUGUCCAACCGUGGGUUGGCAUCUUGACCUGGAACCAAAACCAGAACAUUGGCAGUUGGAAGGCCCUUAAGGGCGGUGUCAGCAAGGCCUUCAAGCUUCCUGCUCUCAAAGUUAAGGAGAACAAGGACAAGAAGCCUUAA